AAGGGCAGCUGGUUCCUGUAGGGAUUAGGUCCCGAGAGGCUGUCUCUGAACUGUUUCCUUAGGUUUCCUCUCGGCCUUCGCUGAAUCUUUCAGGUCCACAGACUGAGGAACCGUCUCCACCAUCAUGGGAGGCGGAGACCUGAACCUGAAGAAGAGCUGGCACCCGCAGACCCUUCGCAAUGUGGAGAAAGUGUGGAAGGCAGAGCAGAAGCAUGAAGCGGAGAGGAAGAAGAUUGAGGAGCUGCAGCGAGAGCUCCGAGAGGAGAGAGCGCGAGAGGAGAUGCAGCGCUACGCUGAGGAUGUUGGGGCUGUCAAGAAAAAAGAAGAAAAGUUGGAUUGGAUGUACCAAGGUCCGGGUGGCAUGGUGAACCGCGAGGAGUACUUGCUGGGGCGCCCCAUUGACAAGUAUGUUUUUGAGAAGAUGGAGGAGAGGGAAGCUGGCUGCUCUUCUGAGACAGGACUCCUCCCAGGCUCAAUCUUUGCCCCGUCGGGUGCCAAUUCCCUUCUUGACAUGGCCAGCAAAAUCCGGGAAGACCCGCUCUUCAUCAUAAGGAAGAAAGAGGAGGAGAAAAAAAGAGAAGUACUGAACAAUCCUGUGAAAAUGAAGAAAAUCAAAGAGCUGUUGCAAAUGAGCCUUGAGAAAAAGGAGAAGAAGAAGAAGAAGGAGAAGAAGAAGAAGCACAAGAAGCACAAACACAGAAGCUCCAGCAGUGGUGGCUCCAGCAGCGAGGAUGAGCAGAGCCAGGCCCGGUCUCAAAAGAAGAUGGCAAAUUCCUUUCCUGUUUUGUCCAAAGUCCCUGGAUAUGGCUUACAGGUGAGGGACUCUGACCGGAACCGGGAGCUGCAGGGUUCUCUGGGUGAACAAAGGACAACAAAGAACCAUUCCCGGUCAAGAAGCUCCUCGCCCCCUAGGCGUGCCAGCAAGAAGAGCGCCAAGGAAGAGAGGCCCCGGGACAGGAGGUCUCGGUCCCCAAGGCCCAGCAAACCGCAUACCUCUAAGGUAAACAGGAAAGAGAGAGACAGCCCAUCACCUAAGAAGGAGGCCUACCAGAGGCGGCAUGCUUCUGGGUACACCAGAAAACUCUCAGCAGAGGAACUAGAGCGGAAACGGCAGGAGAUGAUGGAAAAUGCCAAGUGGAGGGAGGAGGAGAGGCUCAGCACCCUCAAGAGGCACGCCAAGGAGGACGAGCGGGAGCACAGGCUGGAGAGGUUGGACUCUCGCUCCGGCAAGUUCAUCCACCGCAUGAAGCUGGAGAGUGCGUCGACCUCCUCCCUGGAGGACCGCGUGAAGCGCAACAUCCAUUCCCUACAGCGGACGUCGGUGGCCCUGGAGAAGAACUUCAUGAGGAGAUGAGAACCAGUCUCUUGUACUGUUUUGCCUGAAUUUUCCAGGGAGGCUACUGACUCCUUAAAAUUCUCUUUAUAAGAGUUCAGAUGGCUUCCUGUACAGAUGAGAACCCACCACUGUUCAAGUGCCCUUUGUCCACUGACUCCUGAAACACUUCACAUCCGUUAAAACACUGAUGUGACCUGAAUCGGGCUCCUCAGGAACUUUGGCUGGAUGUGGAUGCACUGUGGGGUUUGACUGUGUUUCAGUGGCUGGCACUGGACGGCUUGGAUGCUUGUCACCCCUCUUCCCUCCCACCUGAAUGAAUGGAUCAGACUUCCAGAGGCCUCUCUUAAGAGCCACCCAGAUGGACGGUGCUCACUGGUAUAAACGAACAUUGACUUUAUUUAGUAGAUUAUGUGACAGAAUAGCCAAGCAUCAGGAAGAGCCAAGAAGAGAAGAAGCUGGAAGAGAAAACAGAACCAAAAGCCCUAAGUGAACUGCUACCCACCCGGGCUUUACGCUGUAAAGAUGUAAUGUGUAUAUACAAAUGUAUAAUUCUAUAUUUGCUUUUAAAAAGUUAGCCUUGUGAGAACAUUUUGUUGGAUGACCUUGUCAGAAAAGUAACACAGUAGUUACUGGUAACACAGGGAUACUGACCUUUGUCAUUUGGACAUGACUUUGUCCUCUACAAAUGUGUUAGGCUACAUUUAUAGGUAUGUACUGGCUUCAGGAAGGACACACCUGCCAAGGGACAUACACAUCCUCCUCUGUCCCUUGGAAUCCUAUAGUGGGCACCCAGUGGGGCAGGAAUCAGGACCCAUGUUGUCUGAUGACUCCUGAAAGAAAAUACUUGGGAAGCUGUUUGCUUUCUGGCUAAUUUUUAUUUGUUUGUUUGUUGAGGCAGGGUCUCUUGUAGCUCAGGCUAGCUUUGAUUGGACCGGGGAGCUGACAGUGACCCUGCACUUCAGAUCCUCUGACCACACACAGUUGCUGCUCCUGCCACUGCUGCUUUGUGGUUUUUCUGUGAUACGGGGCCCUUGCUGGUCCAGGGCAGCCUGAUGGUGGCUCUCCUGCCUCAGCCUCCUGAGUGCUGGCUGCGGUUAGGCCACUCCCAUCCUCCAGCUGCCUUUAUCCUGUAAUAACUAAAAAUCUAAGACAAGACUCAAGGGGCCACACCCAUGUCUUUACUGCCAUUCCUUUAUUCUUUCACCAGAAGCCCUCAUUUGUUUGACCAGGGAACUUCUAGGUGCUUUUUAAACAGACAACAGAUUCACCCUAGUGGUAGCUGACCUUAAACUGUAGAUCUCCUGUUUUAGUCUCUGGAGCUGUGAUUGCAGACCAUGUGGCCCUCAGAGGUGCUCUUAACUCAUAUAGUAAGCCAUUUCGUUGUUCUACCAGUUCCUAAUUUCUCCUCAAAUGUUUGGAUUUAAGCACUAAAAUUCCAGUCACUGUAAUUAUUAUUAUUAUUUUUCUUUCUUUUUUUUUUUUU